UCCGUCAAAAAUAAAAUUGGGCACUUUUAGAAGCAAUUUUCAUAUUUUUAGCGUUUGUGCAUAAAUUCAAAGAAUCAGCAAUCAAUAUAUAUAACAUUAAAUAUUAUGUAUUUUAGUCUUAUUUGCUGCAAUUGUUUUAAUGUUAUCAUAAGUACUAAAUCUGGGCGUCUUAGCUUUAUCAGUUAAAAAUACUGUCACGUACCGGACACAAUUCUGAUUUCGCACAACACAAACAAUUAACUAAACACCUUUAUACCUCUAAUCUAUAAUCAAAUUUCGUGUAUCUACUAUCAGCAAUAAUCCCUUAUCAACUGAUAGCGUAUCGACGCGAUUAUAACAUUAUUCGGUUGAACGUGCCGUCGCGCGCGCAUCGACGCGAAGUACUCUAAAAAUAAUCCUCCAAGAAUAGUGCAAGUGCCAUGUACAAACAGUUCCCGUUUUCGAUGGAGAACAUCCCGAGGCAAACCAGCUUUGGCUGCUUUUCGCUCAAGAUUGGGAGCAUCUUUUCAGCGCUAAUCGUCAUUCUCUACUCAGUGUUGGCCCUAGCGCAAUGCCUAGCCAUAGUCAGCGGGUGGCCGCACGAGCCCAGCCUUCACAGCUCAUCAAUGGCCUAUGGCCUGGUGGUGGUCGUCGCCAUCGUGCAUGCUAUCACGCUUUUCCUGUCCACCGUCAUGCUGAUUGGAGCUCUGAAGGAAGACGCCCGCCUCAUGCGACCGUGGGUGAUCUGGACCUCCAUCCAAGUGAUGUGCUACAUGCUACUGUUCAUCUUUUUCAUGGUGAACAACUUCUCUGACAACAGCCUGACGGUCUACGUCAUCGAGCUCUUAAGCUUGCUCGCCCAUUGCUAUAUGCUGGUGCUAGUAGCCAGCUACUACAAGCAGUUGGAGGAAGAGCGAGAUGAAAGACUAAAGAGUCUCAUCAACAAAGACAUUUGGCAUGAGUACGCGUAAGAUGGACUGAUGUGUGUUGCGUUUAUAGACCGUGUCAUUCACGAGGAUGCGUGCCUAGACUCUUAUUGCCACCUUAUUAAAGGUUAGAUUUGACUAAUUUGCGCGUCAUUGUGGAUGACACGAACUAUACAUGAUCGUCUGCAUUGAAAAGCCAUGUAUAAUGUAAUAGUAGUUUAUGAGACUGCUACAUAAUGAAGGACAUUAAAAUACGAGUGUGGGUUUAUCAUCACACGAGUGUUUUAAUAUCUAAUUAUGUACAGUUACAUGGACUGCUUUAUAUGCACACAUAUUUUAAGCUCUCUGAUAUGUUGGCCGCUGCGUAGUAAGCUCGGUUCUCCAUACAAACGUAGUUUUUUUUUUCAUUAAUUUUUAAAGGCACAUAUACAUAAUCAAUUUUAAAGAUGCUCUGUCAUUUUAAAAUGACUAGCUAGAUUACUGUGAAACAUUGUAAGUAUUUACAUUAGGAUAAGGUAUAUCUAGUCCUGUAAUUAGUUUAUGUAGCUUCAGAUACCAUAGUUAACAAAUACAGCGAAUUUAAACUUUUCAUACAAAACUUUGCUCUAUUUCGUUGGUUUUAUAAGCUGGCGCUAUAUAAACUAAUUAUAGUCAUAGAUAUACUUCACGUCAUUGUAUGUGCAAAGUUUCAUUACAAUACAACACGUAGUUUUAAAAUGAGAACGAAACUCCGUUUGUAUGGGAGGGUAAAAUAGGCGAGCUUAUACUGCGGAUUCUUUACUCGUGGAGCGAUUUCGAAAAGGAUUGCUAAUUUAGACACACAUUUAUUGUGAUAUAAUAUAAAAGCUUAUAAGGUUUAUAUUUAUAUUUGAAAAAAAAAAAAAAAUUUAAUCAUGAUCGUUUUAUUGUGAUAUUAACAUCUUUUUGGCAUAAAACUUAUAACUUAAAUAUUAACCGUCAUCAUUGCUAUCUUAAAGUUAUUUUUUUUUGUUCAAAACAUUAACGUUAACAAAUCCAUAUUUUUAAUAUCAAAAAUAUCCAUCUUUAUACAAAAUGUACAUUUUUAUGUCUAUAGGUAAGUACUUGUAAAACAAGUUUAGUUUAAAUUUCAGGCAUCUUGAUUUUCUGUAAAUAUGUAAUACUAUAUUCAUAUCAUAAUAUAUCUACUUAGAUCAGUUUUCUAAAGCGCCAAUUGCAUUCACACAUCCCGAUAUCGGGCCCGAAAUCAGUACCGAUUUCGAGCCUGGUAAUCGUUUUCCGUUUCACGGAAUAUCAGCACAUAGCACAGCACAAUAUUUGAAGUGUAAAAAAUA